UCCGCUCCCGAACCCCGAACGUCCAUAUCCGGGUUCCGUCCGCCGCCGCCGCUGCCGCCGCCGCCGCCGCUGCUUCGCUCUUCCAGCCCUGUCAGGAGUGGUGUGAUUCCCGACCAAGAUGGCGGCCGUGGGGCGAGUCGGCUCGUUCGGUUCAUCUCCACCCGGGCUAGCCUCGACCUACGCCAGCGGACCCCUAGCCAACGAGCUGGUGUCGGGCAGCGGCGGCCCCGCGGCGGGCGACGAUGAGGACGGGCAGAACCUUUGGUCCUGCAUCCUCAGCGAAGUCUCCACGCGCUCGCGCUCCAAGCUCCCGACCGGGAAGAACGUGCUGCUGCUGGGUGAAGACGGAGCUGGGAAAACAAGCCUCAUAAGAAGAAUUCAGGGCAUAGAGGAGUACAAGAAGGGAAGAGGACUGGAGUAUCUGUACUUAAAUGUGCACGACGAAGACAGGGAUGAUCAAACAAGAUGUAAUGUAUGGAUCUUAGAUGGAGAUCUUUACCACAAAGGGCUACUCAAGUUCUCUCUGGAUGCCCUUUCUCUGAGGGACACUCUGGUCAUGUUGGUUGUUGAUAUGUCAAAGCCUUGGACUGCUUUGGAUUCCUUACAGAAAUGGGCAAGUGUGGUGAGAGAACAUGUCGACAAGCUGAAAAUCCCCCCUGAAGAGAUGAAGGAAAUGGAGCAGAAGUUGAUUAGAGACUUCCAAGAGUACGUGGAGCCUGGGGAAGACUUCCCAGCUUCCCCUCAGCGGAGAACCACCGGUGCACAGGAGGACAGAGAUGACAGUGUUGUCCUGCCCCUGGGUGCGGACACACUCACACACAACCUGGGCCUACCAGUGCUCGUAGUCUGUACAAAGUGUGAUGCCAUUAGUGUAUUGGAGAAAGAGCAUGACUACAGAGAUGAACACUUCGAUUUUAUCCAGUCUCACAUCCGCAAGUUCUGUUUACAGUAUGGUGCAGCGCUGAUUUACACUUCAGUAAAAGAGAACAAGAACAUAGACUUAGUUUAUAAAUACAUCGUCCAGAAGCUGUACGGGUUCCCAUACAAGAUUCCUGCGGUGGUGGUGGAAAAGGAUGCAGUGUUUAUCCCAGCAGGUUGGGAUAAUGAUAAGAAAAUAGGAAUAUUACAUGAAAAUUUUCAGACUUUGAAAGUAGAAGAUAAUUUUGAAGACAUCAUAACCAAACCUCCUGUCCGAAAGUUUGUGCAUGAGAAGGAGAUCAUGGCAGAAGAUGACCAGGUGUUUCUGAUGAAGCUACAGUCUCUUUUAGCAAAGCAACCUCCAACUGCAGCUGGAAGGCCUGUGGAUGCAUCACCAAGAGUCCCUGGAGGCUCCCCUCGAACACCAAACAGAUCUGUGUCAUCCAAUGUUGCCAGUGUGUCCCCCAUCCCUGCUGGAUCCAAAAAAAUUGAUCCAAACAUGAAAGCUGGAGCAACCAGCGAAGGGGUCCUGGCGAAUUUCUUCAACAGUCUGUUGAGUAAGAAGACAGGCUCUCCUGGAGGCCCCGGGGUCGGUGGCAGUCCUGGAGGAGGGGCUGCAGGUGCAAGCCCCAGUUUGCCACCGUCUGCCAAAAAGUCAGGCCAGAAACCUGUGCUCUCAGAUGUUCACGCAGAGCUAGACAGAAUCACACGGAAACCUGCUUCCGUUUCUCCUACAACACCUACAUCUCCUACGGAAGGAGAAGCCUCCUGAAGAUACCAAACAAAGCCAUUGGCUCAUUCUUCUGGGUAAUGACAGCUUGCCUCUGCCCUUCCCUUCCAAGUUGGAACUCUGAUGGGCUGGAAGCUUUUACAGACAGACAAAGUUUAUGUCCGUUUUUUUGUUUGUUUGUUUGUUUUUUUGUUUUUUUUUUUUGUGGCUGCCCAUUUUUAAAAGAGGAGCUACACAGAAGAAAGACAGUUUUACAUUAUGUAGGAUAACUGUUUGCAUUGCCAUUCUGCAAAAGGAAGAAAAUUUGAUUUUUGAAAGAAAAAAAUCUCAAACUGUUUAAGACUGCAGUAGAACUAGGUGAUCCUGUUCCCCAGGCUGUAGAAGCCAACAGGAACAUUUAGGGAAGGGCAGAAAAUACGUAAUUUUGGCAAUUGAUUGACUCAGAAGUCUUAGACUAUUCCAAUCAUUUUUAAAGAUACCAUGUUGUUUUUCUGAAGAAGACUGGUCAGUUGUCAGAUUUCACACACCAACCAACAGCUGUGUAGUGACACCUGAGGUGUGCUGAGAAACUCUCACAGUCUGGCACUCCAUGAUCCCAUACGCCACCAUCAAAUGGACCAGAACCGUUGGCCAAGAUACCCCUUUAAUCAAGAAGAAAGAAAGCACAUCACCUGAGGGUGAGAGAUGCAGAGGUUAUGAACACGGAAGGGAGAACCGGCUUUGCAGUUGUCUAUACAUAUAUAUAUAUGUGUGUAUAUAUAUGGCUCUGCCUUAAUAUACUCCUUUUUUGUUCAUGACUCAACUGUAAUCAGUUAAUAAAGUAUUUAUUCUCUGCA